AUGACCACUGUCCACUCCAUCACCGCCACCCAAAAGACCGUUGACGGUCCAUCCCACAAGGACUGGAGAGGAGGUAGAACCGCUUCCGGUAACAUCAUCCCAUCUUCCACCGGUGCUGCCAAGGCCGUUGGUAAGGUUAUCCCAGAAUUGAACGGUAAGUUGACCGGUAUGGCCAUGAGAGUGCCAACUGUCGAUGUUUCCGUUGUUGACUUGACUGUCAAGUUGAAGACUGAGACCACCUACGAGGACAUUUGCGCCGCCGUCAAGAAGGCUUCUGAGGGUAAGUUGAAGGGUGUUUUGGGUUACACCGAAGACGCUGUUGUCUCUUCUGACUUCCUCACCUCCAACUACUCUUCCAUCUUCGACAGCAAGGCUGGUAUCUUGUUGUCUCCUAAAUUCGUCAAGUUGAUUGCCUGGUACGACAACGAGUACGGUUACUCCACCAGAGUUGUUGACUUGGUUGAGUAUGUGUCCAAGCACUAG